CUCCCACUGGCUUCACUGGGCAUUCAGACAUAAUGAGGAGACUGGCUUUUCGAGGCGCUGGUUGUGCUCUGGUAAAGCUGAAGAAGUUGGAUUCCAUGGGUUCCAAGAGAAGAAGAGCUACUUCCCCUUCCAGCAGUGUCAGUGGGGACUUUGAUGAUGGGCACCAUUCUGUGUCCACACCAGGCCCAAGCCGGAAAAGGAGGAGACUUUCCAAUCUUCCAACUGUAGAUCCUAUUGCUGUGUGCCAUGAACUCUACAACACCAUUCGAGACUAUAAGGAUGAGCAGGGCAGACUCCUCUGUGAGCUCUUCAUUAGGGCACCGAAGCGAAGGAGUGUAUUUUUUCCCUCAGAUAUAAACGGCGCCAUCCUUUCUGCAUUCAUCUACAUUCCAGAUUCUCCUGAAUAUAAAGCUGCUUGCAAACUCUGGGAUUUGUACCUUCGAACAAGAAAUGAGUUUGUUCAGAAAGGAGAAGCAGAUGACGAAGAUGAUGAUGAAGAUGCACAAGACAGUCAAGGCACAGUGACCGAAGGAUCUUCUCCAAGUUACUUGAAGGAGAUCCUGGAACAGCUUCUUGAAGCUAUAGUUGUAGCCACAAAUCCAUCAGGACAUCUCAUUAGUGAACUUUUUCAGAAACUGCCUUCUAAAGUGCAAUAUCCAGACUAUUAUGCAAUAAUUAAGGAGCCUAUAGAUCUCAAGACCAUUGCCCAGAGGAUACAGAAUGGAAGCUACAAAAGUAUUCAUGCAAUGGCCAAAGAUAUAGAUCUCCUAGCAAAAAAUGCCAAAACUUAUAAUGAGCCUGGUUCUCAAGUAUUCAAGGAUGCAAAUUCAAUUAAAAAAAUAUUUUAUAUGAAAAAGGCAGAGAUUGAACAUCAUGAAAUGGCUAAGUCAAGCCUUCGAAUGAGGACUCCAUCAAAUUUGGCUUCAACCAGGCUGACAGGUCCUUCGCACAGUAAAGGCAGCCUUGGUGAAGAGAGAAAUCCCACUAGCAAGUAUUACCGGAAUAAAAGAGCAGUCCAAGGGGGUCGUUUAUCGGCAAUUACCAUGGCACUUCAAUAUGGCUCAGAAAGUGAAGAGGAUGCUGCUUUAGCUGCUACACGUUAUGAAGAAGGAGAGUCAGAAGCAGAGAGUAUCACUUCCUUUAUGGAUGUUUCAAAUCCUUUUUAUCAACUUUAUGACACAGUCAGGAGCUGUCGAAACAACCAAGGGCAGCUAAUAGCCGAGCCUUUUUUCCAUUUGCCUUCAAAGAAAAAAUACCCUGAUUAUUAUCAGCAAAUUAAAAUGCCUAUAUCACUACAACAGAUCAGAACAAAACUAAAGAACCAAGAAUAUGAAACUUUAGAUCAUUUGGAGUGUGAUCUGAAUUUAAUGUUUGAAAAUGCCAAACGCUAUAAUGUUCCCAAUUCAGCUAUCUACAAGCGAGUUCUAAAAUUGCAGCAAGUCAUGCAGGCAAAGAAGAAAGAGCUUGCCAGGAGAGAUGACAUCGAGGAUGGUGACAGCAUGAUCUCUUCAGCCACCUCUGAUACUGGUAGUGCCAAAAGAAAGAGUAAAAAGAACAUAAGAAAGCAGCGAAUGAAAAUCUUAUUCAAUGUUGUUCUUGAAGCUCGAGAGCCAGGUUCAGGCAGAAGACUUUGUGAUCUAUUUAUGGUUAAACCGUCCAAAAAGGACUAUCCUGACUAUUAUAAAAUCAUCUUGGAGCCAAUGGACUUGAAAAUAAUUGAGCAUAACAUCCGCAAUGACAAAUACACAGGUGAAGAGGGAAUGAUAGAAGACAUGAAGCUGAUGUUCCGGAAUGCUAGGCACUACAACGAGGAGGGCUCCCAGGUAAGUACAGGGGUUUAUCUGUUGAAGAAAUUGGAAAAAAAAGAAGAAAUUGGUUCAUUUAUUUCAUUUUAUCCAUUUAACAUUAAAUCUCUUUCUUUAGGUAGGAAGAGUGGCAUUUCUCCUAAAAAAUCAAAAUACAUGACUCCAAUGCAGCAGAAACUAAAUGAAGUCUAUGAAGCUGUAAAGAACUAUACUGAUAAGAGGGGUCGCCGCCUCAGUGCCAUAUUUCUUAGGCUUCCUUCAAGAUCUGAGCUGCCUGAUUACUAUCUGACCAUUAAAAAGCCCAUGGACAUGGAAAAAAUUCGAAGUCAUAUGAUGGCCAACAAAUACCAAGAUAUAGACUCUAUGGUUGAGGACUUUGUCAUGAUGUUUAACAAUGCCUGUACAUACAAUGAGCCUGAGUCUUUGAUCUACAAAGAUGCUCUUGUCCUGCACAAAGUCCUGCUUGAGACUCGGAGAGACCUGGAGGGAGAUGAGGACUCUCAUGUCCCAAAUGUGACCUUGCUGAUUCAAGAGCUUAUCCACAAUCUCUUUGUGUCAGUCAUGAGUCAUCAGGAUGAUGAGGGAAGAUGCUACAGUGAUUCCUUAGCAGAAAUUCCUGCUGUGGAUCCCAAUUUUCCUAACAAACCUCCCCUUACGUUUGACAUAAUUAGGAAGAAUGUUGAAAAUAAUCGCUAUCGGCGGCUUGAUUUAUUUCAAGAGCAUAUGUUUGAAGUAUUGGAAAGGGCAAGAAGGAUGAAUCGGACAGAUUCUGAAAUAUAUGAGGAUGCAGUAGAACUUCAGCAGUUUUUUAUUAAAAUUCGUGAUGAACUCUGCAAAAAUGGAGAGAUCCUUCUUUCACCAGCACUUAGCUAUACCACAAAACAUUUGCAUAAUGAUGUGGAGAAAGAGAAAAAGGAAAAAUUACCGAAGGAAAUAGAGGAAGAUAAACUAAAACGAGAAGAAGAAAAAAGAGAAGCUGAAAAGAGUGAAGAUUCCUCAGGUGCUGCAGGCCUCUCAGGCUUACAUCGCACAUACAGCCAAGACUGCAGCUUUAAGAACAGCAUGUAUCAUGUUGGAGAUUAUGUCUAUGUGGAGCCUGCAGAAGCCAACCUACAACCACAUAUAGUGUGUAUUGAGAGACUGUGGGAAGAUUCAGCUGGCGAAAAAUGGUUGUAUGGCUGUUGGUUUUAUCGGCCAAAUGAAACAUUCCACCUGGCUACACGAAAAUUUCUGGAAAAAGAAGUUUUUAAGAGUGACUAUUACAAUAAAGUUCCUGUUAGUAAAAUUCUAGGCAAAUGUGUAGUCAUGUUUGUCAAGGAAUACUUUAAAUUAUGCCCAGAAAACUUUCGAGAUGAGGAUGUUUUUGUUUGUGAAUCACGGUAUUCUGCCAAAACCAAAUCUUUUAAGAAAAUUAAACUGUGGACCAUGCCCAUCAGCUCAGUUAGGUUUGUCCCUCGAGAAGUACCCCUACCUGUAGUCCGGGUGGCAUCUGUAUUUGCAAAUGCAGAUAAAGGGGAUGAUGAGAAGAAUACAGACAACUCAGAGGACAGUCGAGCCGAAGACAGUUUUAACUUGGAAAAGGAAAAAGAAGAUGUCCCUGUAGAAAUGUCCAAUGGUGAACCAGGUUGCCACUACUUUGAGCAGCUCCAUUACAAUGACAUGUGGCUGAAGGUUGGCGACUGUGUCUUCAUUAAGUCUCAUGGCCUGGUGCGCCCUCGGGUGGGCAGAAUUGAAAAAGUAUGGGUCCGAGAUGGAGCUGCAUAUUUUUAUGGCCCUAUCUUCAUUCACCCAGAAGAAACAGAGCAUGAGCCUACAAAAAUGUUCUACAAAAAAGAAGUGUUUCUGAGUAAUCUGGAAGAAACCUGCCCCAUGACAUGUAUUCUGGGAAAGUGUGCUGUGUUGUCAUUCAAAGACUUCCUCUCAUGCAGGCCAACUGAAAUACCAGAAAAUGACAUUCUGCUUUGUGAGAGUCGUUACAAUGAGAGUGACAAACAGAUGAAGAAAUUUAAGGGACUGAAGAGGUUUUCACUCUCUGCUAAAGUGGUAGACGAUGAAAUUUACUAUUUCAGAAAACCAAUCGUUCCUCAGAAGGAGCCCUCACCUUUGUUGGAAAAGAAAAUUCAGUUGCUAGAAGCUAAGUUUGCUGAGUUAGAAGGUGGAGAUGAUGAUAUUGAAGAGAUGGGAGAAGAAGAUAGUGAGGUCAUUGAACCUCCUUCUCUACCUCAGCUUCAGCCUCCCCUGGCCAGUGAGCUGGACCUCAUGCCCUACACACCCCCACAGUCUACCCCAAAGUCUGCUAAAGGCAGUGCAAAGAAGGAAGGCUCCAAACGGAAAAUCAACAUGAGUGGCUACAUCCUAUUCAGCAGUGAGAUGAGAGCUGUGAUUAAGGCCCAGCACCCAGACUAUUCUUUCGGGGAGCUCAGCCGACUGGUGGGGACAGAAUGGAGAAAUCUUGAGACAGCCAAGAAAGCAGAAUAUGAAGAGCGGGCAGCUAAAGUUGCUGAGCAGCAGGAGAGAGAGCGAGCAGCACAGCAACAGCAGCCGAGUGCUUCUCCCCGAGCAGGCACCCCUGUGGGGGCUCUCAUGGGGGUGGUGCCACCACCAACACCAAUGGGGAUGCUCAAUCAGCAGUUGACACCUGUUGCAGGCAUGAUGGGUGGCUAUCCGCCAGGCCUUCCACCUUUGCAGGGCCCAGUUGAUGGCCUUGUUAGCAUGGGCAGCAUGCAGCCACUUCACCCUGGGGGGCCUCCACCCCACCAUCUUCCGCCAGGUAUGCCCGGCCUCCCGGGCAUCCCACCACCGGGUGUGAUGAACCAAGGAGUGGCCCCUAUAGUAGGGACUCCAGCUCCAGGUGGAAGUCCAUAUGGACAACAGGUGGGAGUUUUGGGGCCUCCAGGGCAGCAGGCACCACCUCCAUAUCCUGGCUCACUUCCAUCUGGCCCCCCUGUCAUACAGCAGCCAACCACGCCCAUGUUUGUGGCUCCUCCACCAAAGACCCAGCGGCUUCUCCACUCAGAGGCCUACCUGAAAUACAUUGAAGGACUCAGUGCUGAGUCCAACAGCAUUAGCAAGUGGGACCAGACCCUGGCAGCUCGAAGACGCGACGUCCAUUUGUCGAAAGAACAGGAGAGCCGCCUACCCUCGCACUGGCUGAAAAGUAAAGGGGCCCACACCACCAUGGCAGACGCUCUCUGGCGCCUUCGGGAUUUGAUGCUCCGAGACACCCUCAACAUUCGCCAUGCAUAUAACCUAGAAAACGUUUAGUCACAUCACUACAUUUCUUUUAUAGAAGCAUAAAGAGUUGUGGAACAGUAGCCAUUUUAGUUACUGGGGGUGGGGGGAAGGAACAAAGGAUAGUAAUUUUUAUUGCAUUUUACUGUACAUCACAAGGCCAUUUUUAUAUAAGGACACUUUUAAUAAGCUAUUUCAAUUUGUUUUUGUUAUAUUAAGUUGACUUUAUCAAAUACACAAAGAUUUUUUUGCAUAUGUUUCCUUUGUUUAAAACCAGUUUCAUAAUUGGUUGUAUAUGUACACUUGGAGUUUUAUCUUUCCACUUGUUGCCAUGGAACUGAAACCAUCAAAGGUUUUGUCUUGGCGUGGGGUUUUUGUUUUUUGGCUUUUGUGUUUUCUUUUUUUCUUUUUUUUUUUUUUUAUAAAAGAACAAACAAAAUGAAAAAAAUACACACAAGAGUUUACAAAUUAGUUUAAGUUGACAGUGAAAUGUGAAGUUGGUCCUAGUUUACAUAUUAGAGAAGGAAGGGAGUGUACUUGUGUCUGUUUCAUGUGCCUGAAUAUCUUAAGUCACUUUCCACAAAAGUUGUUUCUUACAGGUGAAAUGAAGUGCUUUCUUUGAAAGGUUGUUAUUUAGGUUAUAAAAGUUUGACAGACAUGGCACACUCUGUUAACUCAGAGGCUCACUACAGAAAUCUGUGGUCAGUGCUGUGUAUCUGUUUGCAGCUAGUGUACCUCCUGGACAGCUACAGAGAAAGAAUACUUUUUCUUGUGCUGAGUUAGACAUCUAUGGUAUUAGUGAUUUUUACAGAACAUGUGCACAACCCUGAAUUAUAUUUAGUAUUGGCUGGUAAGUUUAAGGGUACUUUUGAUCUAUUUAUAAUUCACAAUUUAUGCCUGUACAUGUUGGGUGAUUUAAAAUUUUAAGUCUGUUACAUUGAAAAACAUUGAAGUGUGCAUGAAGGUGAUUUAUUUUUAAACAUAACACCGAACUUGACAUAGGGAACAGUGUGUGUAACUGGAUAUGAGCUGUAUCAGAAGCAUAAUUGUGAACGGGUAGAUUGCCUGCAUAUGCAAAUAGUUUUAGUAUUCUUUAUUUCCUCAUUAUCAGAUGUGGCAUUUUUCUCUUCUAAAUUUCAGGGUGUAAUUCUCAAUCAGAAAUUUAAUACUUUCUAAUUUUUUUUUUAAUUUUGCAGCUUGUGCUUUUGAGAAGGGAAUCAUAAUUUAAGGAAAUGCUCACUAAAAAGACCAUUACAGAUUCCCAAACACUUGGGUUUGGUGACCCCAUCUUUAUUAUAUGACCCUAGAAUAAACAUUUGGAGGCAGUAUAUUAGCCACAAAUAUGAAACAUUAUUACACUUGGCUGGGAGUAUGUUUUGAAAACUGCUUUAUUGCAACAGGGUGGUUGCCAUCAUGGUGGAGUGUCCACUGCUGUCUGUAAAUUGAGAGAGUGACUCUCAGUGGAUACUUUUUUCCUUUUAAUCUGCUAUGAAUCAAUACCUGCAUGUUUAAUUACCAUACUUAUUUAAAUCAUGAGGGCUAAAGAGUGUAGAAAGGAAAAAGUCUCUUGUAUCUAGAUACUUUAAAUACAGGAGGCCCUUAUAACUUAAUUGCCUUUAGUCAACCACUAGAUCUCAGUUUGCAUCAAAUAAUUUUGAAUUUUAAAAAAAUGUAUGGCAGUAGUAUGUCAGUACCUUAUUGUUGAACUGGAUCAGAUAAAUCUUCAGUUCCUGGUUAUUUGGGCCAUUGAAUCAUCAUGGACUAAAUAAUGCAAUCAGAUUCUUUGAUUUCUAGACAUCUGUGAAUUACACCAAAAAACCUGAAAUUUAAUUUUGGUUAAAUCAUUUAUUUCAUGCAUUCAUUUUAUUUCCCUUUUUAAGGUCUGGAUGAGACUUCUUUUGGGAGCCUCUAAAAACUCUUCACUGUGGGCCACAGAGGGCAUUAGAAGCCAGCACACUUCUCCUCUGGGCUCCUUCGCAGUCCCUAGAGGUGCUAUAGGAACCAUAGAUCCAUCCAAGGGCUUCCUUAAGGCAGUGAAGAGCCAGCCCAGGGUGCCAUUAGGCAGGCCCUAAGUAAGUUUUCUUUUUAAAAAGAAAAAAAACAAAACUAUGUAUUUAUUUUAGAAUCAUGUCUUUCUGUAUAUUAACUUGGAGAAUAUCAGUUAAUAUUUAGGAUAUAAGAUUUGAGGUCAGCCAUCUUCCAAAAAAGAAAAACAAAAAAGUCCUGAUUUAAAGUACAAGAAAACUAUACGUCUUUUUUUUCAUGAUUCUUAGAAACUGUAGUAAUGUGGCAUAGAAAAUAUAAUGGCCUAAAUAUUUUCAAAAUGUAAGUUCCUGUGGAGAAAAAUUUUGUUUAUAUGGGGGGAAAACGUAUGGGUUUAAAAUAGUAUGUCAGCUGAUUUAAAAGGUCUUUAAUUGUUCUGUUUUGUUUUUUAACCCACCCUUUCCUUCCUAUGAGGAAGAAUCGAGGGGACAUUUAUCUGCGUAAAAUCCCCAAAUUGGUGUUGAUGACUUUUCAGCUUGAACAUUUCAGACCUGACCAAAACUUGGUUUAUUCUGAUUUCUGUAUCAUAUCAUCUGAGGUUUAAGUGGUAACUAGUCUUAUAACAUGUAUGUAUCAUAUGUUUGUUCAUCUAAAGCUUUUUAAUCCAAAUAAAAAUGGAGUUUGCAAAGUGAUUUGGAUUAACCAGGUUUGGUUGUUAGAUGUUAGUUUCAAGCAGAUUUAACUCCUGCAAGCCCUGACUUCAUGCUGACAAGGAUAAGGCUGCCAAUUUAAGGGAAGAAAGUUCUUCAGGAGGAGGUGAAAAUCUGUGUCCGGACCCCUGGUUCAUGGGUCAGGCUGCAUUAACACAGAAGCUGAAUAUAGUCGGACCGCAUCCUGAAAUGCCUGAUGCCACACCUCUCAGGCCGGCAGUCAAGGAAUUCCUAGCGUGUCCUCAGCAUGGGUAGAAAUGCAGGUUGAAGUUAAAAUUGAAGAUAGAGUUACUGAGGGCAGAGGGUGAGGAAAGCAUGUCCUCUAUCAUAAAGCAGUAUAACCCACUUCAAAUAGCCAGCUUAUUGUGGCCAGAAGAGACAGGUGGCUUGGCUGUGUCUUUAACAUGUUUAUAAGCUCUUAAAACAUGACCACGCUUUUAAUAGAAAGUGUUGGUAAAAUCAACCAACUGUUUUCCUCUAAUAUCACUUUGCAAAUCCCUGUGGUUUUAUUCUCCUGAAUAGUUUAGGGCUAUACUGCCAUCUGUGCUUAUGAGCAUAUUUUGAACAAUCACUGAUGUACAUAGUUAAACAUCUCAGCUGAACACUAGGAGCAAACAAAUACUGUUAAAUAUUACUGUGUUCUUUUUUAGUUUGGAAGUAUGCUAGGUCAGCUGAAUGAAAGUUAGGAACUGAACAAAUAGGCUAUUCUGCUAUUUGGGGUAUUUUCUGGUUUUCAUGUCUUGUGGAUUGCACAUAAAUGUGACAAGAAACUCCAAAUUUAAUACAUAUGUGAAGACUAAGCACUGAUACUGCUUUACUAAGGAGAGAAAUUGCUUUGGAAGACACCAUGAUCCAAAGUAUAUUUUGUUAAAGAGAGGUAACUCAGUGUGAAAAAUUCAAACGUACAAAAAAAGGGAGGUUUAUGUGAUUGAGUUAUAACAUCAGGAUUUAGGUAACUCUUCAAAAAUAAAACUGCUAGAUGGACUAAAA